CACUGACAUCACCGGCGUGUAUAAAAAGGUGCGGGCCGAGGUGCGCGAGCCUAGGCUGCAGAUCGGCGAGCGUCCGCGCGCGCGCGCUCCCGACGUCGACACCGCCGGCAUCCCGUACGGUACAGGCGCGCGCUCUCUCUCUGUCUCACCUUCAGCCUCAGCCUCACCGGCGCCGGGCGGAUCGUUCGUGCACGCGCAGCCAUGGCGAGCGACGGCACCGAGGAUCCGCCGCAGAUCAUCCAGUUCGGCUUGAUCAGCUGCGGGAACAAGUACCUGACGGCCGAGACGUUCGGCUUCACCGUGAACGCGUCCGCCACGAGCAUGAAGAAGAAGCAGAUCUGGAGCAUGGAGCAGGACGGCGACGACUCGAGCUCCGUGCUCCUCAGGAGCCACCUGGGCAGGUACGUGGCGGCCGACAAGUACGGCAACGUGACGGCGGACAGCGAGCGCCCGGGCGCCGACUGCAGGUUCGGCAUCGCGGCGCACGACGACGGCACGUGGUCCCUGCAGUCCGAGGCGCAUCGGCGCUACCUGGGCGGCACCGAGGACCGCAUCACGUGCUUCGCGCAGAGCAUCUCCAUGGCCGAGAAGUGGGUGCUGCACAUCGCCAUGCACCCGCAGGUGAACAUCUACAGCGUGGCCAGGAAGCGCUACGCGCACCUGAGCUCCGGCGCCGACGAGAUCUCCAUCGACAGGGACGUGCCGUGGGGCGUGGACUCCAUGAUCACCCUGGUGUUCCAGGAUCGGCGCUACCACCUGGAGACCUCCGAUCACAGGUUCCUCAGGAACGACGGCGGCCUGGCGGCCGGGGCGGACAGGAGCACCGGCUACACGCUGGAGUUCAGGUCCGGGAAGGUGGCCUUCAGGGACUGCUCCGGGAAGUACCUGUCCCCGAACGGGCCCAUCGGGACCAUGAGGUCGGGCAAGAACUCCAAGGUGGGCAAGGAUGAGCUCUUCGUGCUGAGCCAGAGCUACGCCCAGGUGGUGCUCAUCGCCGGGAACGACAGGAAGGUGUCCACCAAGCAAGGUAUUGACUUGUCAGCCAAUCAGGAUGAGGAAGGUGACCAAGAGACCUUUCAGAUGGAGAUCAGCAAGGACACAAAGAAGUGUGCUUUUAAGACCUGUGCUGGAAAGUACUGGACGCUAGCUGACAACGGCGGAGUGCAGUGCACAGCUACAUCCAAGUCAGAAAACUGCUAUUUUGAAAUUGAGUGGCGUGCGAGGAAAAUAGCUCUAAAAGCUGCCAACGGGAAGUUUGUGACGGCCAAGAAGAACGGACAGCUUGCUGCCACCAGUGAUUCAGCAGGGGAAACGGAGGAGUUUAUUAUGAAGCUUAUUAAUCGACCAAUCAUCGUACUCCGUGGAGAGCAUGGCUUCAUAGGCUGCAGGAAAAUGACCGGAACCCUGGACUCCAACCGCUCCUCAUAUGACAUCUUUCAGCUGGACUUCAAUAAUGGAGCUUACAGUCUCAGAGAUUCCACUGGAAAAUACUGGGUGGUUGGCAGCGACUCGUCGGUGGUGAGCAGCAGUGACACCCCAGUGGACUUCCUGCUGGAGUUCUGCGACUACAACAAAGUAGCCAUUAAGUCGUGUGAUGGCAAAUACCUGAAGGGGGACCACGCCGGGGUCCUGAAAGCCAACACGGACACCAUUGACAGCUCUACCCUCUGGGAAUUCUAAAUGCACUUUUGCAAUCGGCACUUAUUUACUUGUUUUGCAUGCACAUGGGGUUUAGGGGGUUCCAAAGAGCACAGGGCAGCUAGGGAUGAAUGAGUGGCUCUGCCUCAGACAUGUACCUAAACUGUAGUGCUCAGGUCAUUUGUGGGGGGAGAACUACUGAAACAUGCUAGUGCUUUUUUGCAUUAUAAAGGCAAGCUGUAUUUCAAAGGUCUAAACUGUUGCUAUUUAGCUGUUGACAUCUCUGCUAAUGACUACCCUCAUUCUGUAACUGCAGGAAAAACUACACUAAUGGAACAAUUGUUGCAUAAGUCUAACUUUGCAUCACUUUACCCUGUAGAAAGGGAAACAUAGUAACUGCCUUCUAUUAAUUGUGCCAUAAAAUAAUCAGGGCACAAAAGGCAACUCAACAGUGAAAGAUGUAAUAAAGUGAAGGUAAAAUAACAUUGCACUCAGUCACUGAUUUACUCCUGGGUGAAGGGUGCUUUAUUUCUACAUGGGCAAAGUGCUGCUGUUGCAGGUUCAAUUUUAAAAAAAAAAA